AUGAAUUUUGAAUUUGAGAGGGAGAUAGGCUUCAUAAACAGCCAGCCGUCGCUAGCGGAGUGUCUGACGUCCCUUCCCGCUGUCCUGGAGACAUUUCAAACUUCAUCAAUCAAGGAACCACCGACGUUAAUUCCUCCUCCUUUGGAACCAACCCUCCUCAGCUUGGAUCCUUGUUCCAGCAGCCAGGCUACGCCAAGGAGCCCGAAGAGACCAAGACAUGGGCAGGCCAAGAUACCCCCGCUGCAGCCUGCUCCUCUGGCUGGAGAAUUCCCCUGGAUGAAGGAGAAGAAAUCCUUUAAGAAAGCCGGCCAGGUCCCUGCCUCUUCUUCGCCAUCUUCCUCUUCUUCUUCACUGCCUGGAUCUGCCGUCGGUUCUCCAGCAGGUCUGUACCCCAUUCAACACGGGGGCGGCUGGGGCUUCCUCGACCACGGCGGGAGCGGCUCCCGGCGGCUGAGGACGGCUUACACCAACACGCAGCUCCUGGAGCUGGAGAAGGAGUUCCACUUCAACAAAUACCUCUGCAGGCCUCGGCGGGUGGAGAUCGCCGCUUUGCUCGACCUCACCGAGCGGCAGGUGAAGGUGUGGUUCCAGAACCGACGGAUGAAGCACAAGCGGCAGACCCAGCACAAGGAGAUCCCCGAGGGGGACCCCGGCUUGGACCAAGGCGGCGAGGAGAGGGGCGGCUCUCCAUUUGGAGACUCCCUGGAGAUGCCUUGCCCCUACCCCGGCGGCGGCGGCGGCGAAGCUCCCACAGGCCCCGCGGGCUACCUGACACCUCCCGAGGAGAGGAACCCCAAGUCUUCCUCCUCCUCCUCCUCCUCAGACAAUGCCUUCCCAGAAAGCCAGAAGUCUCCUUUGUUACCGCCCGAUCUGAGCAUCUUCUCGGCGGAUUCCUGCCCACAGACCUCCGAAGGGCUUUCUCCCAGCCUCCCGGGCUUCUUAGACAGCCCGGUCAAUUUCUCCCUCGACGACCUGGACUUUUUUACCAGCACUCUUUGUGCUUUCGACCUGCCGCAUCUGAAUUUUCAGUGAAGCAUCCCCCCUCCCCCUUUCCGAUCUGCCUUGGGUUGUGUGCCCCUCUAGAAAGAUACACGCAGGCGUCCAGUCCAACAUUUAGCCCUCUCCCCUCCCCACCCCCACGCUAUUGAAGCCAGGAGGAGCCCUAACCCCCCAUUUCCCUUCAGGCACCUUCAUUUCCUGAGGCAACCCACUGAAAACACAGUUCCUUGGGAAGUUCACUGGACAAACCCCUUAAAAACUGUUUUCCCCUUAAAUGCAGGUAUUUGUUUCCAUCACUGUAAUAUUUUUGUACACAAUAAACCCGGCUCUACUAGGUAGACACAAAAGGGUCGAAAUAAACAAACAAGGGCAUAUUUUUGAGGGUCAGAUCAAGAGAAGACACACCCUGGCCUUUCAAAUAUCUUUACGUUAGAAAUCUCAG